ACUGCCAUCGUAAUUGGAUAUAAUAAUCUAUAUCGUUUGAUAAGCGGUGGGAAUGUUUAUUCCAAAUUGUUAUACGUGAUAAGUUCAUUAUAAUUAAAUAUAUUCUAUAUAGAAGUACUUAUAAUACAUUUUUGUAUUCAAUAAUGAAUUUCAUAAUUUAUUCACGUGUAUUAAAUAAUAAGACUACUUGCCUACUUAGGAACGUAAAUAAUUCCAGAGUAAAUAUUUGUACAAGUCGACAAAGACCACAAAAUAUUGUGGAAAAAGAAAAUGAUGAACCCAUUGAAAUGGAGAAUCCAUUUCUAAAAGAAAGGAAAUCUUGUAUUUUUUGUAAAUAUGAUAUUCAUCCUGACUAUAAAAAUGUCAGAUUAUUAUCUCAAUUUCAAAGUCGAUUUACUGGUAGAGUGUAUGGACGUCAUAUUACAGGUUUAUGUGCAAAACAACAACAAAGAUUAGAGAGAGAAAUUCACAAAGCUCAAUUUGCAGGUUUAAUGGGGUUCAUGACAAAAGAUAUGAAGUAUGUCGAUGAUCCUGUACUUUUACGAAUAGAUCCAUUAAUGCGAAAAAUUCUUUAAAUAAUUUAUUAUAUUUUUAUAUAAAUAAUGUA